AUGACCGCCCCCCACCCCCCCGGCGCCGAUGACGACGCCAACCGCAAGCUCAUCUGGGCAUCCGUCUACCGCACCCUCCUCCAACACGCCCACCCCGACGCGCGCUUCAACCACGACUACAUGUCCUUCACCCCCGACUUCCGGGGCUCCUCUUCCGCCAUCGACCGUCUCGUCUCACUACCAUGCUACAAGUCCGCCGCCGUAAUCCUCAUAACCCCCGACAACAGCCUCGAGCACCUCCGCUGCCGGGCGCUGAAAGACGGGAAAAAGGUGCUGGUCGCUACAUACCGGCUGCGCAGGGGAUUCGUGCUGUUGCAUCCUGGCCGGAUAGCGGAGACGAAAUACGAAAUCGCGGCGUGUCUAGACGGCAUGGAGAAGCCUGGGAUAGGACGCUCGGUGUCGCUGGCGCAGAUGCGUGAUGAAGGGCUCAAAGUGGACAUGUGUGUCACGGGGGCUCUGGUGUUCAACGCGCAGGGCGUGACGAUCUGGGAAGGGCAUAAUCUGUUUGAGAUACAAUAUGCGAUGUUAUCGGAUCUGGGUGUUUUACGUGCGGAGAGACCUGUUGUGGCGGUUGCGCAUGACUGCCAGGUCGUUGAUGAGGCGGCGCUGGGUGUGGAGAAGGUAACAGUAUCUCCGACGAGGAAGGGAGAGGUACAGUGUGAUUUUGUUGUUACACCGGAUGCGCUGCAUGAGAUUGAGGGUGCGGUUAAGCCUACCCAAGGUGUAGAUUUCGACGCGAUAGAUCCAGAGGGUGUGGAGAAUAUUCCGCCGUUGCAGGAGUUGAGGGGGAUUAGGAUGAUGGAGAUGAUUAUGCGGAAGGAGGGGUUUGUUUCUGGGAAGGAGGAGAAGGCAGAUGAGGAAGGGGAGGGUGGGGGGAAGAUGAGUGAGGAGGAGCAGAUGGGGGUUAGUAUUGUGGAGAAGCUGAUGCAGAGUUAUAGGGCGUAG